AAUCAGCUGUCUUUUGGUGCGUCCAAAGAUCAGUUUAAAUAUAUUUAAAAAGAUUUUUUAAUUACAAAGAGAUUACGAUUUGCCAUAUAUAUAUGUAUUUGUAAUUAUGUGGGGUUUCGUUACCCUGAGACGUGGACAAUAUACAGCCAGGUGCCUCAGAUUAUACAGCAAUGGAAAAGUGAAGGUGCCUGUGAGACAAGGAAUUGUGGUCGGACAACGGCAACAGCUGCCAAGUGGCCUACAGUACGAAAGUUUCCUGGGCGUGCCGUAUGCAGAGCCACCCGUAGGAGAGCUCCGUUUUCGGAGCCCUGUGCCCCUGGAGCGUUUCAAGGAGCAAGAACUAAACUGCAGCAAAGAAGGUGACGUCUCGCAUCAGCGUGAUCCGUUUACCCAAGAAGUGAUUGGCUCUGAGAACUGCCUGUUCCUCAAUGUGUAUGUGCCCAAGGGCAAGUCACAGAAACCUCUGCCCGUCAUGGUGUGGAUUCAUGGUGGUGGCUUCUGGUUCGGCAAUGGCAACAGUGACUAUCACUUUCCUGCGCAACUAAUGCAAGAGGAGGUCAUUGUGGUUACCCUGAAUUAUCGUCUGGGUGCAUUGGGUUUCCUCUGCUUACCCGAGGCGGGCAUACACGGCAAUGCCGGUCUGAAGGAUCAGCGUCUGGCGUUGCAGUGGGUACAGGAUAAUAUUGCCAACUUCAAUGGUGAUCCACAGAAUGUGACUCUGUUUGGGGAGAGCGCUGGCGCUUCGUCAGUUCAUAUGCACAUGUACGGUCCGCAAGCCAACAAGCUGUUCCACAAAGCCAUCAUGCAGAGCGGCACUGGCAACGCGGAGUGGGUAUUCCAGGACAAUGGUGCAUACAAAGCGCGACGUCUGGGCGAACUGCUGGAGGGCAAGAAUAUAGAGCGGGCUAGUGACCUGUUGGAAUUCCUGCAGUCCAAGGCGGUGACACCAUUGGCAAUGCUAGCGAAAACUUUGGAUGUGCUGAACGAUGAUGAGCGACGUCGUCACCUGCCCUUCUCAUUUAAGCCAGUUGUGGAGGAUGCAAGCAGUCCGGAUAGCUUCCUAAUUAAACCAUUUAUUGAUCUGCUGCAUGACAGGCAGCGUCUGCCCAAAAUGCCCGAUUACAAUUCGGCAGAGGGAACGGUCAUGAUGACAAAUCCCAAACGUAAGGUGGAGCUCUACAACGAGGAUUUGGCGCGUUUGGUGCCACGCAGUUUGGUGGAGGAUCCAGAGGCACCAGAAGCACUUCAGGCUGCCGAGGAUAUGCGUCAAUUCUAUUUCAAUGGAAAGCCGCUCACGCUCGACUGUCUCGACAAUCUAGUAGACCUGCAAGGUGAUGUGCAUUUCAUUAUGGACUUGCAGCAUGCUGCAGAGAUUCACGCCAACUUCCAGAAGGCGCCGUUCUAUUUCUAUCGUUUUGACUAUGUGGGAGGCAGGAACAUGUAUAAGCGCCUGUUCCAGGCUGACAAACUGCGUGGAGCAUCGCAUGCCGAUGAGCUUUCCUAUCUAUUCCAAAUGGCUAAUGAUAAGUCUCCCAUGGCACAAGAUGAUUUCCAAAUUUCUGAGAAAAUGGGCCAUAUGUGGGCCAACUUUGCCAAAUCUGGCAAACCAUCGAAGAGCUGGACACCAGUAGAGAAACAAACGAGGAAUCCCAAUGGGGAACUCGAGCCAUAUCAAUUGAAUUAUAUGAUACUUGAUAGGGAAUGCAAAAUGCAGCUAAAUCCAGAUGUAGAGCGUAUGGAUUUCUGGCGUAGCAUGUUCAAGAGAUAUAAGACCAAAUGUUUUGAAGCAGUGAGGGCCAAAUUGUAAAAAAUUCAAAUUAGAAUAUAUCUUUUAAAAUAAAUAUGCUCAUUAAAAUUACAAA